AUGAAGUAUCCAUUUAUUCUCUAUUCUUAAAUUAUUUUCAAAGAUUGGCAAUCCAUAAUAUACUUGGUUUAUUAAAAAUAAUAAUCAUUUAUGAAUAAUAAUCUGGGUAUUUUGAAUAACAGAUUUCACAAGAAAGCUAUAUAAAGUCGAAAGAGACAAACUUCAGCAGAUACCAAUACUAUCCAUUAAAUGUAAGGAGGAAAGAAAAAAAAUGAAUACUAUGAAAGAUGA